CUCUAUCCGUGUAUAUAAACGCUCAUAGUCUUGAACGAGACUUAAGUUCGUAAUUGUUCGAUACAUAAAGUAGUCGAUUCGCUGAGUCCAUCCGCCGAAGAAGACAAAAUGAUCACCGCCGUGAACCGUUCGUUGGCGUUGCUGUGCAUGAUGAUCGCAUGCGGUCACGUAUUGGCGUAUCCUUACAACGGCGACAACAUGCAGUGGUCGAACCCAGGGGCUGGCGCAAUGGGUAACUACCGCCAGCAGCCAGGGUUUGGCGGUAAUGUAGGCCAACAACGCGGAUAUAACGGUGGUGCAGGAUUCGGCGGCGUUGGACAACAACGGUGGCAGUCGGCUGGUUACGGUGGUCAGCAGCAAGGAGCCGAGGCCUACCAGUCGAACAUCUUCAACGAACCGGACCGGUAUGGUUAUGAUUACACGAUUCCCGGAGCCACAGUACACUUUUUGAUGUAUAAAAAAAGAGGAAACAGAGUAUCCGGAUUUAAUAAUAAUCAUGGCGUAGAUUCGAGUGGCUGGGACAAACAUUAUUAACACGUUUAAUAACUUACCAAAAUCCUACAAUAACAUUGAAUUAUUAUUACAUAUAGUAUUAUAAUAAUUAAAACAUAUUUUGAUAAAUCUAAGAAUAUUUAAUGUGAAGUAUAGUUUACACGUGUGAAUUACCAUAAUAAUUGAUAAAAUAAAUAUGCUGUAAACAAUUAUUUUAAUAUUAAUAUU